AUGGCCAGCUCCGGCUACCGAGAAGGCAGGGCAACGGCCCCAAGCAUCGAGUGCGCUGGCGGCCAAGGCGGCCAGGGCCAAGGCGAGGAGUUCCAGGACAUCGUGGACUCGCCAUAUGGCGCCGUGCACGCCGAGAUGAUCAGCGGCGAGGGUGAGGACGAGGAAUUCACCAUAACUGGCGACCCGAGCAAUGCUGCAGAUACAGCCUUCGACAGCCAGGUGGAGGCUCUCCAGGAUGCCGUCCUGGAUGACUCCUUCCAGGAGAUGCUGAAUGCGUUCUGCAGAGAGCACUGCCAUCACUUCGAGGACACUGAGGAAAACAAGCUUGUCUACACGCAGCUUUUCAAUCAGUAUUCGGAGCUCAUUGAAGGGCACCUGGAACGGCAAAUGGUAAAUGCCAUCCCCGGCUUCUCCAUGGCCUCGUUCCUCGAAGAGCUUUCUCAGAGAGGUGAGGAUGAGAUCGACGCUGCAGUUCUCGAGCUGCUGAUCUCUUUGACAGACUUCAUGUCCUUCAAACAGCAGAUGCUCAUGGUGAAGGCAGGCGAUGCCGGACUAUCCUUGGCCGGGACUGCUUCGCUAAUCCAUGCGGACGAAGACGAGGAAGGCGAAGCAAGGCCGGACCUUGAUGGCCUCCUGACCGUCUCCCCGGCCAACGUGCCCACGGCUGAGAAUUCGGUUCCUGCGACGCCUGAUGGCCUGAGGAAAAGCUUGGUGACACAUUUUGCGCUUCUUGGAACCCUUCCGCUCAGCUCCCUUGCGCAGCCAAGCAGCGCGGACCCCUGGGAUUCUCCCGGGCUUGCAAGCGCUGCGCAAGUCCCAGCAAGCCCAGUGCAUGCGGCAACCACAUCCACUUCGGCCUUAGUCAUUGGAGGCAUUGAGUUUUCGAGGGAAGAUGACAUCGAGAACAUGGAGAAGCUCUCCAACCUGUUCGGACAGGUUUUUUACACUCAUGUACUGUCGCCCGGGGAUGCUGCUGCAGAACAAGCAUGGCAAGCCUUGUCCUCCGACAUUUGGACGCUCGUGCAGCAUGCAAUGCAGAACCCUGCAAUGGCCCUUUCGGUGGCAAUGUGCUUGUACAACUAUUUCUGGUGGGAAGGGCCGCACAACACUGAACCAAAUGCCGUUGCCGGCUAUCACGCUGCAGAGCUUAUGUACCUAGCCGUGAGGCACGCACGCUGUCACGAACCCACCUUGAGCACGAUGGAUUUCUACGUCCUUCAGUGUCACCUGCGCUGGCGCUACCUGUUGAUGCUUGCCGGCGAAACGGGCCGCUACCUGGUCCUUCAGUCCAGGAGCCUCCGGCAUGGGAGCCAGAUGCUGUCACAGGCACGGUCUUGGUUUCGUGAGAUGCGAAAGCAACCGAACGCGGAGCUGCUUUAUGGCUUGAGCACCCAUGAGGUCAAUUUCAAUAUGGACUAUUACCCUGCAGCGACAAUGAGGUUUGGGCCCGUGUGGCAUGACCCCGUGAAGGUCCUGCCCGUCGCUAGCGUCCUAGAAGCAAACUAUGCAAUCAUCCGGUCGGAACUGGAGGGCAUCUUGAGGACGGGUACGUUUGAGAAUUUCGACCAGCAGACCCGGAAUGCUGAGACACAAUUUGGUCCCAGAGGGGAUGACUGGUUGACGGCGUACCUUUUCAGAAAGGGCGAGCCCAUCAAAGAGGUCUGCGCACAAGCGCCACGCACUUGCCAGAUCCUUCAGCAGCGGCCGGAGAUAGGCAACUGCAAGAUGGGCGGGUCUGGGGCAGGGUUUUUGCGAAUGAGACCUGGAGGAAGACUGAAGCCGCACUUUGGCAACGCGCCCCGGCUGAGUGUGCAUCUGGGCCUGAUCGUACCUGAUGGUGAGAUUUCAAUGUACGUUGGAUAUGAGGAGAUGAAGUGGGAGGAGGGAAAAGUCAUAGCAUUUGAUGACACGUUUAUCCACCAGGUCCUUCACAAUGGUGUCGAACCCAGAUAUGUCAUGAACUUGUGGAUGUGCCAUCCCUGCGACCCUUAUGAUGGCAAGCUCCCCGGGGAGCAGGUACGCAAGGCAAGAGACUAUCCCAUCAAGGAUGUCAUACUGCACGUUCAGAAGAUGGCAAGAUGGGUCGUCAUGCUUCGAGGUGAUGACGAGCGUGCAGGGUGUGCAGAGUCAAAGGCGCAGGACCUGGUGCAUGAAGUCAUCGCAAAGAAGUUCGUGGAGAGCUUUGAUCCAACAAGAGCCAAUGAUGGCAGCCGCCGCACAUGGCAGCAAGGCUUCAUAAAUGUUCGCCAAUACAGAGAUGCCAUAUACCGGCUCGCCAAAGAGCCCAAAGGCAGGCAGUCAGCUUGGAUCCAGCAAGUCUUGCGCGAGAUCGCGAAUGACGAGGCAUUCCAGCAAGAGCUCCUCGAACAUGAAGCCACCUCGGAUAGCUUUGCAGCGUUCACGGAAAAGAUGGAUGUUCUCCUGACCAAUUAUCUCAACGCAGCAAAGGCCCAAGUGGACGUCAGGGAGAGUGAGCAGAAUUUCUGCAAGCACGCGGCCUACAAGCAGCAUACGUAUCUGUAUGCGCAGGCAAUGCUUUGGCAACUGCGAGGCAAAUGCCCGCGUCAACACCAAGCACUACUUGCACUGAGUCAGGCAUUGACAUCUUGCGGUCUACAACGAUUUCCCUCUCAUGUCUCUCGUUUCGACCUAAGUCUCAGUGGGGAAGAAGACGCCAAAGAUCUUGUUGGCAUUCUCCUGUCAGUGUCUCGGCGAAGCGGCAAUGACCUCGCGGCCGAGGCUGUCAAAAUAUGCCGUGUGUUGGAGGGCCUCUUCGGAUUUCAGGACACUCGUACCCUCGUAUCUCCGAGCCUACAAGAGGACCGCUCGCCAAGCACUGAGGUGGCAUCUGACGCUGCUGAAUGGGGCGAACGAGUGUGCCCGGAUCCUGUGGAAUCGAGCCAUCAGAUGGGUGGGGGCUCCCCGGCCGCAUCAUCUAUCCGAUACAAUGCCACUGCCUGGACUGCCUCGUUCCAGGCGCCCUCGUCAGUCUGCCAUGAGAACGAGGGUGAUGUUGAGGAAGACAAAAACAGUCAGCGCCUGGAUCCAACCAGAGGAAAAAAAGGAGUCCAGUGGCAGCUACGCAGCCCGCAGAUCUUCAACAAGCUGCUGGUACAGUUUGUUGACCCUGAAAACAAGUUCCGGGCAGCCGAACAACGGCCAUAUGCCAAGCUACUGGCAAUCGUGUGCCACGAUGGCCUUGCCUCGCAUGAUGAGACAAUGCGUCAGUCGGCUUUCGAGGAAGUCCAGGAGACAGCCUCUGAACUGUGUGCCGUCUACGAAGUCACACACAGUGACAGGGCAUUUGUCGUUCAGGUGAAAGACCUGACCCAACGUGUCCCACAAUCAUCUCCGCUGGGUUGUGCUGCGAGCCUGUGUUGGCUGAAGCACCACGGAAUGGGCCCGCGGGUGCCUGGACGUGAGCGGUUGCGUCGCAUCUCCCAGCCGGUGGUGGCUCACUUUCUCUUGAAGGCGUGCCAGGUGCACGACCAACAGUUCAUGAGGAUUCUGAAUGUCGCCGAGUACAUGCUGGAGCAGCUCGAAUCCGCAGACUCCGAGGAGGAAGAAGAUGAGGUGAUGCCUUGGUUGCCAGGGCGAGACCAGCAUACCGGUACGACUCGGCCUGAUGCCCCGGACAUCAAACGGAAGUGUUUCCACUACGUCCUGGAACUUUUUGUGCACCUUGCCAGGGAGAGCUCCUGCGUGCCCGAGGUCGCACGCGUCCUCGCCAGGAGAUGCUCCAGCACUGGUUGGAGCUCCGGACAGCUGCAGAGCUUCUUGCAAAACAUCUUCCGUUCCUGUGGACAAUGUGACUACACUCCGGCCUUCGGUGUUGCAGUUAUGCGGUUGCUGGCAUCAGACACUGUUGGUGGGGUCUGCGCAGCCACGGAGGAUCAACGCAAAUUGGCUAUCGACUUCUUGAAGAAGGUGGGCCUCUCUUGCCAGGAUGACCCCGGGUUGAAGACGCACUUCGAGCAGGCCAGGGAGAAAGUAAAGCCCUUUCUCAAAAAGGCCACGGACUCCCCAAGAGACGGGGGCCACGGGAGCAAGGUGGCGGGCCAGACUGUUGGCCUGAAAAGAGAAGGUUAUUUCGAGGACCAGCAGACCAAGAAGGUGAAACCAUCUCCAAGGCCAUCAUCAAGCCAACCUGCACCGUCACCGGUGCCGUCACCGGUGCCGUCUCCUGCGCCAACGCAACCGGACACUAGCCAGGACGACUUGCCCCCGCAACUUCAGGCGCUGCAGGGCCGGUGGAAGCGGGAGAUUGACAACAUGACGGUCCGAGUCAAGGGAAGCAUCGCCUCGUUUGGAAAUGGGCAGCAGAUGCCGCUCCUUGCGAGGCCAGACAUGAAAGUGCUGCUGGGCGGCAAGUGGACCGCGACGGUCACCAGCCAACAACCACAGAGGAUCACAUGGAGUGGAGAACAGAAUGGUUAUGUUCGCCUUAUCAACUGGUCCUUCCUAGGCGCUGGCAGUGGUUUCAAGCUCCACGGCGAUGCGUCUUAG